AUGUCUGAUAUAUACUCUAAUAUAAAUUCCCAACUUCAUUCCAAUUAGAAUUUAUCCCUUUAUGCAAGACAUUAAAAAGAAGCAAGAAUAGAACAUUCAAAGUUGACACCCGAAGAAUAAAAAGAAAAAUUACUUUAAGUUUAUAAUAACCGACCUCCUGUAUUCUCAGAUGAAGCAAAAGUACCUCCAAAACAAAUUACAGCUACUCAAGGAUCCCAAAGAUAAAAAUUACAGAUGGGAAUCAUUAAUCCAAUACAUUAAUUUGAAGAUCCUAGAAUCAUUAAAAAUGAAGCUAAAUAAAAAGAAUAGGAAUGGUAUGCUUAAAGGAUGAAAUAAAAGUAGAGACCCAAACCAGAGGAUCCAUUACUUGAACCUCAAGCCGAUUUAGUUUUAUAGGCAAACAAAAUUUAACUAAAGUACGAAUUAAUAUAUAUUAAACUUAGACCUCCUCCAAUGUUAGAGAAAGAAAAGCCUUUAAUGUAGGAUCACCUAGCUAAUCCUUAUAUUUAUAUAAAGAAGAUUUUCAAAAAGAAUUCAGUAGAAUCUUAAAUGAAACACCCAGACAUUUGGGAUAAGAGUACACAUGUUGAAUCUUUGAGAAUUAAUAAAGUUAUGAAAUAAGAGGGAAAGAAAAGACCUUAAUCAGCUAAAGUGAUUUAAUAACAAUAAGUCCCAUUAUAGGAUAAAUAGAAAGAAAAAUUGAAUAAAAAGGAGAGAGAAGAAUUUUAUUUGAAAAACUUAGUAAAAAGAAUGUACAAUAUUUUAUUAGAAAAUGAAAGAAUUUUUAUUCAAAUUUUUUAAGACCAUUAACCAUUUGUUAAAGGCCAGGAAAUAUAAUAAAAUUAUUUAUAAAGGGGAUCAACAGAAUUAUGAUUUAAAUACUUUAUUCAAUUUAUGGGCUGAUCAUAAGAAAUUCAAUUUCAAAUCCAAUCCAGAGAAAUUUAGUAAUAAAAUUUAAUUAAAAAAAUUUAGUAACUAAAGAAUAAUUUGUUGACUUUCUAUUAUUAAUUGGGCUUGAUCCAGAUAGAUCUCAUGAAGCAGAAAGAUUUUUUGAUUAUUGUCAUGAAGAUGUUGUUAAAGCUCCUGGAAUUACUCAAUAGGAAUAAAAUACUUAAGCUUAAUAAGACUCUAAAUGGUUUAGAUUAUUUAAAGAUUGA